GUGUCAAUCGCCCAAGUCUGUGUAUAUGAAUGGUGACAUUAUUGUGAGUCCAAAUACAGUACAGGUAUUUGUCUGUAUAUAAUUUCUAUCAUCCAUUUGGUGCAGUUGACUGGCGGAAUUGUUCACAAAGAGGAAAUUAUAGUUGUUAUCAUAUAUCUUUGGAAUAAUAUACAUAUUAUACCCAAAUUACGUAUUAUAAGUGAUCAUUUCGUCUUAUAUCCUCAGUCUGUAACAGUACCUUGCUAGUCUCGAGUUACCUCAUGUUAGGUACAUCUAUAGCCCCCAUUUUAUUAUAGUUGAUAAUCACUUUGAUCUCACAAGGACGUGAUCCAAAUUAAAUAAUACAAUAUUUUAUCGGUUUAUCCAGCUUUUGUAACGAAUUAUGUUCUUAUAUUUUUCGUAGCAUAGAGAAAUCGUGAGGCCGAAAUACUAUACUGUUAUCAAUAUGUUUGAUUGAUUACGAGGUCAACUAAAUAACAAACGUAAUUUCGAGGCGGGUUUUACCCACCAACGCGUGUCUCACGGCUCUAAAUUUGGGCGAAUGGGCGAAUCCCAUCGGGUACACCCCGCAGCCCCUCCACCGAAUUGGCGACUACGUUCUUGUUAUGUUAUAGACUAUAGUCAAUAGUGAUUAGUCAGUCGCACUACGCCGCCAGCCGGACCGGAUUUUUUGAGUUUUUGUGCCGCUAGAGAUAUUGACUUCAUCAGGGAAUCAGCCACAGCAUUACAAAGAUACAAUGAAUAUGAAAACAGCACCGCUCGGCAAGUUCUGUGUAGUAGAAUGGAUCCAGGGCAGUAAUGCUGGUGAGCGCGAGACUGUGUCGCGGGACUUAGUUCAGUUACAGCCUGAGCUAGGACCUAGCGCCUGCAGAGUCUAUUCAUUUACGGACUCUAACCAGUAUUCUCCUGCAGUUUUGCACUUCCAUAAUGACGAUUCGCAGAUAACCCAGAUGUGGUUAUUACUGUCAAGUAACAUAUCGGAGAACAACGCCAAGGUCCCAAGCGACAAAGCCUCAAGAAAGCGCCAAAGACCGCGUUCGCCAGCGUCAGUUCAGCGAGAGGGCAGAGGCCAUACAGGUACAGACUUAGACCACGGCGGGCUAGGUCACUGGACGGACGAGCGUCGAUACAUCGUAGUACAAGCGGAUGAUUCUGUGCGUAGACAGUACGCGUGUGUGCCGAGAAGCUGGAUUAAAGGGACCAUCAGUCGAAGCCUGGCCUUCGGCGCCUCUUGUGAUGUGGCUUGGCCGGCCGAGAUAGAGAAGCUAGGCCCUUGGGCUCGCCUUGGCUACUCGCCCUCACCCAUGUGGGGUCUGCGACGCGUCAUCUGCGUGUACGCCACAGAUAACUUUGACGUUGGCCAGGAUUGGAUUCGGAAAAUGACAAAUGGUCAGCCGAUUUUCUCAGUUGACCAUCGUCCGGAAAAGGUGCCCCGCAUUUACAACUCUUCGCGCCGCUUUACCGGUCACCAGUUUACGAACACGCCACUUCCGUCAGUAAGAGCAGUCGGCAAUGAGACAAACGCUUACCCUCCAUUCUUGCCGGCGCCGUAUAAUACAGAAGAGUUUCGAAAGCUUAUAACAUCUUAUAAUUGUAUCCAGACGCCCUUACGACCCGCGAAUUCUGUACCAGAUCAUACGGUCACACCUACACCAGUUUUUUGCUCACUCGCUAAAAUUCCCUAUGUCCGACCUGUACCAUCUACCUCAUCACGUGCAAACUCCUCUUCUUCUACUAUACAAUCACCUAAAACUACAUCUUUUUCUACUUCAGCGAGAUAUAUGUUUUGUAAUGCACCGUCUACUCAUACAUCAGAGAUAAGAAGCCACCUACGACCUUCAGUACCUACCCCCCUGCCACCGUCUUAUCUCGCACCAACCACCUCUAUCCCGAUUGUUGCGUCAACUUUAGAGCCUUUCCCACUGCCACCAUCUAAUCUCGCACCAACCACCUCUAUCCCGAUUGUUGCGUCAACUUCAGAGCCUUUCCCACUGCCACCAUCUAAUCUCGCACCAACCACCUCUAUCCCGAUAGUUGCAUCGACUUCAGUGCCUGUCCCCCUGCCACCAUCUAAUUUCGCACCAGCCACCUCUAUCCCGAUACUGGCGUCAACUUCAGAGCCUAUCCCUUUAAAACCAUCUAAUCUCGCACCAGCCACCUCUAUCCCGAUAGUUGCGUCAACUUCAGUGCCUAUACCCCUGCCACCAUCUAAUCUCGCACCAGCCACCUCUAUCCCGAUACUGGCGUCAACUUCAGAGCCUAUCCCUUUAAAACCUUGUAAUCUCGCACCAGCCACCUCUAUCUCGAUAGUUGAGUCGACUUCAGUGCCUAUCCCUCUGCCACCAUCUAAUCUCGCACCGGCUACUUCUGGGUCAGUCCCUAGUAGCAAAUUACAAACCUUUACUUCAGCACUCUCUCUACUGCAUGUCUCCGCAGCCACCGCUACUCCUUUACUUCCUUCUAUUUCAGCAACCCCUAUCCUCUCGCUGAAUUCUGCUCCAGCAUCUACUACACUAGCUUCUAGUGCCUCAUCAAUCACCCCCUUAAUUCUUUCAUCUUCAGUGGUGACUACCUCGCAAGCUUCUUCUCCUGUAGGAACCGGCGUUUCCUCUUCCAUCGCUCACCCUAAAGCCAAAUCUCCGAAUACCACGACGCAGGCCGAACCUAACUCGUCACAAACUAUUACUAAACGGCACAUUCGUAGUGAAUUCAUUAAAUUAAUAAAUAAAAUUACUGUACUAGAUGGACAAUUGGAAAAAAUGGGUAACAGAACCGUGAAAGGAAUUCAUUCGAGUUCUUUGAAAUUUCAAGAAUCUAUGAAACCAUUGUACGACUUUUGUGUAUUAAAAAACAAUGAUGUCGCCGUAGAGGCAAAUUAGAUUUAGCUUAUUGUUUUACAUAGGUCCGAUAGUAAUUAUACAUAAUACAAUAAAAUAUGUGAAAUAAUGAAAUGUUAGUAGCUAUGAAAGGUAUAAGUAGAAAUUAAAGGGAAAUCCGCGUCGUGCGAUUUGGGAAAUCGCCAAGCAAUUAAAACAUAAGGUCAUGCUGCAUGCACACAUACCUAACUUUGCUUAACUUGGUUAGGGUAGGAUACAAUAAAUUAGAGGUAAGGCGGGACCUUAUAUUUUUUAAGGUCCUUAGAGUAAAUGUAAUGCGGUAAUGUUGGAGGGACUGCGCCUGCGUACGCCAAAUGACCACACUCGGCGUGGUAAGCGAUCGCAAUCGCCGGUUGUGCCGAGGGCGUUUUCGUACUUACUUCGAGAAGCACCAUUUACGCGUGUCUUGCGCAUCCUAAAUAUCAUCAUCUUGUGAGACAGAUGUUUUUAGUUGCACACUGGCUGAAUUCAUAAGAAUUGAAUUAUUUAUAAUUAGUUAUAAAAUAGAUUAGGUUUUAACUUUUAAUGUGCUGUGUUUAUAUUAUUAUGGUUUCAGAUUAGUUUUCUAUUGUAUUAGUAUUAACAUGCCGUAAAAAUGGGAAAUAAGAAAAAUAAAAUAAAUAUCAACUCGGAAAGGGAUCGUCACCGUAUCACCUCUAGGCGUUCAGUAUUGGCUGUAUCAAACUCCCCACUGCAGUCUGCAACGCACACCAAACGGAAUCGCCUCGCCUCCGGAGCCUAUGACGAUCCCUUUCAGAGUUGAUAAGUGUGCUUUGACCUUUGCAUCCCGCGUGAUCGAAAUGUACAGCCUCGGCUCGACCAAAGAUUAAAAAUAAACUCUCACAUUUC